AGAUAGUUGUUGGUUCAAAUUUGAAUGUGUCCUAACCAAUCAGAUGUGCGCUCUGAGGGUGGAGUCUAUGGGCAUUUAAUCAAGUUUGUGCGCCCUGAAACACAGACAAGCAGUUUACAGCGAGAUCACGUACAUUCUGUCGAGGUUGAUUUCAGGGUGUUGCAGCCAUGGGUAAAGAUCCUAAUAAGCCCAGAGGGAAGACGUCCUCUUAUGCUUUCUUCGUGCAAACCUGCCGGGAGGAACAUAAAAAGAAAAAUCCAGGGACUUCGGUGAACUUCUCCGAGUUUUCCAAGAAGUGCUCUGAAAGAUGGAAGACCAUGUCCUCUAAAGAGAAAGGUAAGUUUGAGGAAAUGGCCAAAAACGACAAGGUCCGCUAUGACCGGGAGAUGAAAACCUACGUACCUCCUAAAGGUGCAAAGGGAGCGAAAAAGAAGAAAGACCCGAAUGCUCCCAAGAGACCACCAUCUGCUUUCUUCGUGUUCUGCUCUGAUCAUCGCCCAAAGGUGAAGAAUGACAACCCUGGCAUUUCUAUUGGUGACAUCGCAAAAAAACUUGGGGAGAUGUGGUCUAAGCUUUCACCAAAGGAAAAGUCUCCGUAUGAGCAGAAGGCCAUGAAGCUCAAGGAGAAGUAUGAAAAGGAUGUUGCUGCAUAUCGUGCCAAAGGAGGAAAUGCAGAUGGUGGCAAAAAGGGUGGACCAGGCCGGUCGGCAGGAAAGAAGGCAGUGGCUAUGGAUGAUGAUGAUGAUGACGACGAUGAUGAUGUAGAGGAUGAGGAGGAAGAUGAGGAAGACGAUGAGGAUGACGAUUAAACUAUCAGGAAAGCUUGAGCUGAGUUAUUUCCAAAACAAUGAAUGCUUUUUUUGCAUUUAAAUGUUUUGAAACAUGUACAGAAAUGUGUGUAAUUGAAUACAUAUUGAGGUCAUGUGCUGUUUUGUAAAAGCAAUUUUUUUUUUUUUUUUUAAAGCACUGCUUUUUGUCUGAUAGCUGUGGUUGCUUUUGGUUUAUCAUUCCCUGUUUGAUGUUUCUACUGCUGUUUUAUGAAAUGAACAAUUUAACUUAUGUAGUGUCUCAAUUUUUAAACGAGGAGCUUUAAAAGUUUUGUAGACUGAAGAUUUUGUUUAUGUAAUUUUUGUAUAUUAUGACCAAUUCCCCUUUUCAUUGAGUGCAAUUUUGACUUCAUUUGAAAUUAUUAAAAGAAUUUUGCAGAAUCCGUUCCA